AUGGCGUCCAGAAGCCUUAUCCCAUUUCUCGUAGCCAUGAUGCUACUGACGGGUGUUUGCAACACCCUGUUGACCAAGUAUCAGGAUAACCAAUGUGUCCGUAACUGUGAUCCCGAUGACAAUCCGAGAAAGCGCGCCUUCUUCAACCAGCCCGUUCUGCAGACGGCGCAGAUGUUCAUUGGUGAGAUGGGCUGUUGGCUCGUCGUCGGCCUCAUGGCUCUUUGGCGUCGGUUCACCGGCACCUCAUCACCAACGGAACGGGGCUACCAGGCAGUCGACACGAAUGAGAAUGGCGACCCUGCUGCCGAUAUCGAGAGCAAUGAUAGAACAAAGCUGCUUAACAAUGGUCGGUCUAUCCUCAAGGGCCAUCGGAUCCUGCUGCUUGCCCUGCCCGCGAUUUGCGAUAUCUGCGGAACCACUCUGAUGAACGCUGGUCUUCUCAUGGUUGCUGCCUCCAUCUAUCAAAUGACCCGAGGCGCCUUGGUCCUGUUUGUCGGACUCUUCAGCGUGGUCUUCCUCAAGCGCCACCUCCGCCUCUUCCAAUGGCUCUCUCUGGUCGGUGUCGUCCUGGGAGUGGCAGUUGUUGGACUUGCUGGUGCUCUUUGGCCAGAUGAAAAGCCGGAGCAGUCCAUGGACGGUCCUAAUGAGGACUCGGUCACAGACGGCGGCCUUUCUGAUGCGGCCAGGGCUGUCAUUGGCGUUCUACUUAUUGCCGGCGCCCAGAUUUUUACGGCGACCCAGUUUGUGCUCGAGGAAUGGAUCCUAGAGAACUCCCCCAUUGAACCGAUCAGGGUCGUUGGCUGGGAGGGCAUUUUCGGCUUCACCGUGACAGUCCUGGCAAUGGUCGUCCUGCACGCAGCCAUCGGCUCCACCCCCGCCGGCCGGUACGGCUACUUUGACAUGGUCGAGGGCUGGCACCAGAUGAUUGGGAACAAGAAGAUCUUGCUCUCGAGCAUCCUCAUCAUGAUUAGCAUUGGUGGCUUCAACUUUUUUGGUCUCUCGGUCACCCGGAGCGUCAGUGCCACCUCUAGGUCGACUAUCGACACUUGCAGGACCCUAUUCAUUUGGAUCGUCUCGCUUGGCUUGGGAUGGGAGACGUUCAAGUGGCUCCAGAUUGUUGGAUUCGCUCUGCUUGUUUACUUCACCUUUUUGUUCAACGGCAUCGUCCAGCCCCCUCUUGAAUGCUUGAGGGUGGAGGAGGAGAUCGAAGAGCUUCUUCCUGAGGAGCCGAUCGAGCACCGCUAA